AGGCUAUCGUUCUGGAAGCGCAUCAUUGAGUUGUGAGUGAAACUCGUCUAAUAAGUAUCUACUUAAUUAGCACUACUUCUUCAUCUUCUAGGAAACGGAGUACUUAGUAGCAAACAAGGUUUCAGGCGUCACGCAAAAUGUCGUCCUCCAGCGUGCACCAGCCUAGUGUCCUGGCACUGUCGAAAGCCAAGGGACUGCAAGUGGUUGGGGGAACAAGAACAAGUGCACCACGUGCACCACCUUCGUUCCCUUCAGUCGAUGCUACGGGACGAAAAGUCGUUGCUUCUCCCGAGAAUGGCUCUAGCAAUCUUCGUGCGGUCCUCAGCAAUGCAGGGGUGGUGCAUGUAAUGACCAUUGGGGGACAAGAGGUAGCCACAGUGCAACCCCGAGUACCGAACGAGAAGAAACGUGGAAUCGUCGAUUUUUACUUCUCGCCUUUGGGAAACUUCUUGGUCACGUAUGAGCAUCACGUGAAAGGAGCUGGCAAUAACGUGAACCUUUGGUACCUGUACUAUAAUUCGGGAGGAGGAGGUGACGGGGGAGCGAUCAUAGUUAAGGCUACCGCUGGACCAUCCUCAACAUCAUCCUUGGCCCAUUUUUCAAGGAGAAAGAGGGACCAGGGAGGUUCUCGGGGAUGCGAGCGCGGUAGCUCUAACAUAGAGCCUCACGUUGUCGAUGGAUACGUCUUCAGUGCUCAGAAUGCGGAGUAUAGACAAUCUUGCUGGAAGUGGACAGCGGGUGAGGAGUUUUUGUGCCGUCCUGUAGGCAAUGGCGUGAACGUGAGCUGUCUUGGAGAGAAGCUUCUGGCGUUGCGCACGCGCUUUCUCCUCAGAGCCUAUUCCGGUAACAAGAAGAAGGACCACGACGUUUUGAGGAUGAUCGAGGCACCAACGGGUGAGGAGGUGAUGGCGUGUUUAAAGGACGACCAGUGUCGACGAAAAUUGGCUAUCUCGAAUGUCUCGCAGAUCCAGCUUUCGAAUUCCCCUAUCUUAGGCCUCUCUACGCACAAUACUGAAGACGCAUUUCACGUGAUGAAGUCGAGCGCCCCUGACAUCGCUUCUGGUCUGCUACCCGCUGAUCGCGACGAAGUUUCUGCCCUCGCACCGCACUUGGAAGACGAUGUUAGUGCCAGCGUUACUACAGAAACCGCCAAAAAACUCCAGCAAGAGCUUGUCGACGGUUUGCAGAAAGAAGAGGGGGCCUUCUUUAUUGCGGUCUUCACGCCAGAAGCAAAGGGUCAGCCGGGAAAAGUGUCCCUAUUUGACCUCAACGGGGAUUUGAAGCAGUCGGUGUGUGCGAAGUCCUUCUACAAUGCGAGCUCUGUGUCCAUGAAGUGGAAUUUUAAGGGUCCGCCAGCACUCCUAGUCUCCAGCGCACAAGAUUGCGUCAAAGGAGAAUACAUCGACGAAGAGGCGAGGUAAGUGAUUUUGGUUUUCUUGUAGAUUAUGUUGUGUAAGAAUUUUUGCGUAAGAAGUAAAACUUCUUUGAACAUGAUCAUAUAUGGGACCUUCUCAAGAUCAACAAGUAUCACUCGUCAGUGAAAAAAGUAGUUGUGUAGACUUGUCCAUUUUCAUCAAUUUGCAGCUACUACGGCACCACGACGUUGUUUCAUCUCUCGACAUCGCCGACGAGCUCUGGACCAGCAAACUUGGGUGAGAUCCAGGCUGCUGCUUGGUGUCCUCGGCGCAACGAGUUUCUGAUCCUGUCCGGGCGCGCACUUCCUUGCGGGUUGCAGCUCAUUUCUGGCGCCAACCCAAGCAAGGUUUUGAGCGAUUUCGGCGUCGCCGAAAAAUCCUUGCGACGCAACACGCUAGUCUGGUCACCGAGUGGUCGGCACUUUCUCGUCGCGGGACUCGGGAACUUGGCGGGCGACGUAGACUUCUGGUGUGUGACCGAGGAAGGCCAAGGUGGUGGAAAAAAUAAGACGCCUAAGUUUGCGAAAUCCAGAACAUCUAACUUCCGUUGCUGCACGAAUCUAAGCUACAGUCGUUGUGGACAGUUCGUUCUUGGUGCCAGUAUGGCCCCACGUGUGCGGGCCGACACCUGCUUUCGAGUUUACGACUUUGCCGGUACCCAAAUUUCCGACCAGGCCUACAACGAUGAGGACUUGCUGUAUGGAGCGCGUUUGAUGGCUAGCACUUCCUCUGGAGAGAACCACGACGAAUCUUCAGGGUCAGCACCUAUAUUUUUUGCGAGUGAAGUGACCUUUUCAGCGGACAAAGUAGCUGCUGCGAAGAAGCAGGGGGAUGACGCCUCAGUCUUAACUGGCAACAACCCUAGUACCAAAGGAGCUUACGUUCCUCCGCAUCUGCGAAAUGUAAAGCAGAAUCCUGUAGAAGAUUCAUCAACGGCCAACAAGAACAAAAAGACCAAUAAACCCAGCAACAACGCAGGAGGGAACAACAAGAAGGAUGCUGCUGCCGCGGAGAAGAGCAAAGCUGCUCAGGCAGCCUAUGCCAAACAGGAAGCUUUUGUGCCACCACCUGUUGGUUGUUCUACUGGUAGCAACCCUCCUGGUCCAGCAACGAGUACUUUUGCUCCUGCAGAGCGACGCGACGGCCCACCGGUAGACAUCGUGGAAGAGGCGAGACAAAUCGAAAACGCUGAAGAGAGACUGAAAAAAGUCAAGGCUCUGCGCAAAAAGCUAACGCAAAUCGAAAAACUGAAGACAAAAGGAGCUGCUCUCAGUCCUGAGGAACGGGAAAAAGUAGAGUCGGAAACGAAGAUCCUAGAAGCCAUAAAGAUUUUGGAAUCAUGAACUCAAUUGUAGACGUAGAAGCUAGCAGGCUACGGCUUGUUGACAGCUCUAGUUCUCUGUUUUUAAGGAUCCUUUUCCUUGCGUCCUCAUACCCAGACAACUAGAGGCUCGACCUUGUUCUCACGUCAAACCGUAUUUUCUCUCAACCCAUCGCGCAAAUGGAGACAGCUACAUAAUAAAUAGAUGGCAAAACUGUGAAAACGCAUCCAUUUUUAGAUAAUGCCAAAAUGUUUGUUGUCAAUUUUG